ACAGUUAGUUUGAAGCUUCCUUGGAGAGUCAAACAUGUUAAUAAGCUGAGCGUGAAAACUAUGGUGGAGGAGUUGUUUUUCUGGAAUGGAAGCAACCAUCCAAACCCACUUCAACAAUUUCAACAUAACUCCAAUCUACUUCUUCUCUCUGGCCCUCCUUCUUCUGGAAAAACUUCACUUCUUUUCCAAUUUGCAUUCAAUGUAGCAGCUGCAGCAUCACUUCACUCCAACUCUCCCAACCCAAAUGUUGUCUUCAUCUGUAACCAAAACAAAUUGGACUCCAAACCCCCUUUUCUUUCUCAGGGUAUUGAUCCAUCUUCUAGUGUCUUCCAACGUAUACAAAUCAAAUAUGUGAAUGAUGAUGAGGAUAUUAGAAAGUACUUUGCUGCCUUCCAUCUGUUCGAUAAAUUGCCUCAUGCAGUUGUUAUUGAUGAUUUCGGAGAUUUCUUUGAUAACAAGGUAUGUCAACAACGAUAUUCUAAUGCCCGCGGGCGAGACUUGGCCAUGAUCAAGAGUCUGGCCUUAUGCAACAAUGCUAUUAGCUAUGCAAAUCAAAAAGGGUCUUGCAAGCUUCUCUUGUCGGAUACUCAUACUCAUCAGGGAGACUCUCCAAGGUUUCACUUCAUAUAUAAGAAAUGGAUACACACCACUUUCACAAUUAAAGAAGGGGAUAUAUCUGGAUCGUUUAUUUUGAAAAGUAGGAGCUAUUCACGAACAGAUAACACAGGUACUGGUAAUAUGAAAGCUGCUAAGUACUCUAUAGCUCUUCAAUAUCUGGUCUUUGAUGGACUUGUCAAUGAUCAUGAAGAAUAGAAACCUACCUCUUCAACGAGAAGAACUAUUGAUACCUAUAUCUGUAUCAUAGCACUUGGCAUAUGUUCCCUUGUUCCAUUUAUCAUCUAUACUCAAUCAUAUAAUGAAACUUUAGUUCUGCAUGCUUCAUCAGUGAAAACACAUGAAUCUCAGGUUUCAAUUAGGGCUUUUAAAUGAAUUUGAACUUUAAGAUUUAUACCUUACACCACAUUUCUCAGGUUUUGAUUCAAAGUUCUAGUUGCUAUGACACCAAGUAAAUAAAAGGUGGCAGUUCUAGUGUUUAUGCUGUAGUUAACUAGUAAUCAGAUUAGAGCUUAUGAUUAAGUGUAUGUUUGGUUUUGCAUUAGUAAUCCCCAUACUUUUAUUUAGCCCCAAAACUUUGAAGAUUUUCCAAUUGAUUUACAAUUUGAUAACCAGCUCAAAACCCAAUAUUUGGUUUUGUGACAUGAGUUAACUAUGAAGAUUAGAACAGCAUGAACAAGUGUGUCAUGCCGCUGGUCUUUACUAUUACAUUGUUAACUUAGGAAGAGUAGAGUUAUUGAUGACAAUGCCUGUAAUUGCCUUGUUGAGGAUAUUUACUAGAACAUGGUUAUACUUAUGGAGAGGUGUAAUUUUGUCAAAGAUAUAACAAAGGGGGAAGCUCCUCAUAUGUAAAUAACCUUCAAGCCCCCAAAAGGCAUGUUUGAUUAUUCUAUCGGUUUGGAUAUCAGUUUCUCAGUCAAUUUUUUUAUUAGUAGUUUUAAUUUUUUAAAAAUGCUGAUCUAAUGUACUUUUAAUUAAUCACAUAUAUAAAUU